AGGAUGAAGAAGAAGAAGAAGAAGAAGAAGAAGUAGGAUGAGGAUGAAGAAGAAGAAGAAGAAGAAGAAGGAUGAGGAUGAAGAAGAAGAAGAAGAAAAGAAGAAGAAGUAGGAUGAGGAUGAAGAAGAAUUCCAGUCCAGCAAAAAGUGUAUCUGCAGAGAGCUCCGCUAUUUCUGACAGUUCUCUGACAGUUCCUUCACAUUUACAGCGGUUGAAACAUUGUAUCUAUUUGUUUCCGAAUAAAAACAUCUGUAUCCUAAAUGGAAACAAAUAGAUACAAUGUUUCAACCGCUGUAAAUGUGAAGGAACUGUCAGAGAACUGUCAGAAAUAGCGGAGCUCUCUGCAGGGACACUUUUUGCCGGCUGUAGAAGGGAUGAAAAUCGGCCGAUCGGGAUUCGGAUUCGGCGCGAAUCGAAUUUUUCCUAAUAUUCGAAACGAAUUCCACUUUGCCAGGUUCGAUUCG